AGCAACAUGGCGGCUCCCAAGAGGUAUGGGCUCAUUUUGCCAAAGAAGAAUGACAAACCUGCUCUUUCUUCGGCGUGUGUGUUCGGAGAUGACAGUGACGAUGAGCACGACAAGGCAUCCAUCGAAAAGACUAUGCGAAAAGAGUCGAUGCGCAACCUCAAGAAAAUUCAGACGCAGCUUACUCUUAAGAAAGCAAUGGAAGAAGACCCAUCAGUAUUUGAAUAUGAUGAAGUGUAUGACGACUUGAAAAAGAAUAAGGAGGAAAAGAAACAAGAAGUCACGAAAGACAGAAAGCCUCGGUACAUCGAACAGCUGCUUAAGUCGGCUGAGCUACGCAAGCGAGAAGGUGACCGAAGGACACAGCGAAAGAUACAGAAGGAACGUGAAACUGAAGGCGAGGCUUUCGGUGACAAGGAGGCAUACGUCACAUCGGCCUACAAGCGCAAAAUGCAGGAAAUGCAAGAGGAGGAAGAGCGUGAAAUGCGGCAGGAACAAUUGAACCAAAUGAUGGACGUCACAAAACAGAAAGACCUCAGUGGCUUCUACCGCCAUCUGCUGAAGCAAGAAGUCGGGGAGGAGAGAAUUCCUCAAAACACUGACAAGCCUGUAGAGUGGCCAGAGAAAGACGAGAAGCCCAGAACUUCCAAGAGCAUCGAAGAGCCUUCUCGAGCUGGUCGCUCUUCACCUGAAAACUGCAAAACGUCGUCAUCGUCUAGCCAGCGCAACAGGGACAGUGGAGACAGCCAACACAGCACACAGCAAGCCACUAGUGAAAAACACAGCGAAAGCUUAUCCAGGAAAGACAGAAGGGGCUACAGAACAAGGAAGAUCAGCGAUCCUUCUGAGGAUGAGGGCUCUCCACCACACAAUGAACCUUCUGCGAGUGAGAAUGUAGACAGAGACAUAGAUGCUGAUAGCGACUUCGAGGUUGACUCGGAAGAAUCCUCUGAUGAAGAUGAAAGCCACGCCGCUUUGCAGAAAGAGAAAGAGAACACUUCGAUGCCAAGCAGUAAACGAGCAAAGGAAGACCAGUUAGAAGCCAAUGACGGGGGCAAAGAAGAUACGACCAAGGAACCUGCCACAAAGGUCAUUGAAAGAGACUGGACAGCCCUAUUCCGUAAGAGGACAGUUGGCGACAAGUUCGAAGCAGCACUAGCACGAUACUUUGAACGCAAAGCAGAAUUGGAUGUCUACAGGGCAGCACAUGGUAGUGUCCAGUAGCACAAAGACAGCUUGAAUUACGAGAUUCGCUGGAGUCGGCUGAAGUGUUGUGUGAUGCAUUUUCACAGUAAUGUUAACCUGCUGGCAGUUCCUGAAAACUGGCACCAAUCACAUUACUGCAAGCUUCAGUAAAACAAAAGCAGCAGUGGCUCUCCACGACAAACUCUUUCAGUAGUGGUGACUUUAGUUGUUGCUUUUGAAAGCUGCCGUCCUUACGAGUGAUUACACCUCCGGUGCUUUGGAAACGUUGGCAGCAGCACUUGUACAGAAACUAAAUGUGUGCACUAACCAUAUGCUGACAUGUUUCAAUAACUGUAUAAAUUUGCUAGUGCCAUUCAGAGUGCAUUCAAGCGUGGUGAUAGGCAGCGUGUGCAUUGUGACGAGUCAAGGUGUGCAAAAAUAGAUGUGCAGUUUUACCGUAAAAUGUUCUGCUCUCAACUUAAGAAUAAAGUAGAGCAUUAUGCAACA